AUGGGAAAUGAGAGAGGAAUAAGUGCUGGAAACAAGAGACUUAUCAUUGAGCGACACACCGCGGCUUUAUAUAGAUGGCGGACGUCAUCAGAGGGCGGUGGAGGACGGCAGAUUCCGAUCGAGCCUAGCAGGCCACGCCAAACCUGGAAUGGACAGGCUAAACUGGAUGCAGACGGUGCGAUCCCGGAUUGA